UCAAAUUCUAAUUUCAUGGCAAAUUCUAAGCUGCAAGCAAUUUGGAACCACCCAGCCGGCCCGAAAACUAUCCAUUUUUGGGCUCCAACUUUUAAAUGGGGCGUAACCAUUGCCAAUAUUAUCGACUCUUCAAAACCACCUGAGCAACUCUCCUACGUUCAGCAAUCAGCCCUUACAUGCAAUGGACUUAUAUGGGCAAGAAACAGCGCAAUAAUUAUACCAAAGAAUUGGAAUCUUUUCAGUGUCAGUAUUGGGAUGGCUGCAGCUUCCAUAUUUCAACUUUCACGUAAAAUUCAACAUGACUUAUCUCCCAAAAACCAACAAGCUGCUGCAAAAUAA